GCUAGAGAGGUGCAAAAUGGGAGAAGUGGAUUAUGAUUUGAUUUUAUGUGCAUAGUUUAACCUUUAUCACCAUAUGCAGUGUUAGUGAGUUCAACAGUGGGGAGAUGCAGAAGCAGAAGGAACAGCCAAAUCAAUGCGUUUAUUGGUUCCCAGAGGAAGAAGAAUCGUCAGAAGAAGCAUGACAUGUCUAUGCCUUACCCAUUCACUCACUCAAACCCAUAGCCCCUUCCCUUCUCUACACAAUAACAGAAACUCCCUCUUUCAGUUUUUCUCGGGUAUUCUCCGACCUUCAAUUCGCCCUUUUUCCGCUAACUUCAACGGUGGGCCCACGCCUGCUGCAUCUUCUUCUGCAAUAAUGGCCGAUUUCCACGCUGAUUCCGUCACUUACCUCACACAGCGAGAAGCCGCUGAGAUUGAUGAGACGCUCAUGGGUCCUCUCGGCUUCAGCGUCGACCAGCUCAUGGAAUUGGCUGGUUUGAGCGUCGCUGCUUCUAUUUCUGAGGUACUUGUUUUUUGUGUAAAUCGUCUCAAUUUUCCACGGAGGAUUAUGAUAAUUGUAAAUUUGAUUUCUGCUACGCAGUGAAGUGUUCUUAUUGGU